GGUUUCUGGGAUCACGUGUAGCUGGCGGUUGGUGAGCGGGGAGGUUCCUCUGGAAGAUGCUGCGAAUUACUCUGUGCCAUUGAAAACGGUCGAGGAAGAGGGGGGAAGUACCAUGAUACUUCAAUUCAGCAGGGCGGCAUUUUCUGGGGUCGGCGAGAGUUUGCAUGCGUCCUAGUCAUCGGAGAGUUUGUCAGGAGUUGAGUUGCCGUUGCGUUCUGCAGACGCUGUAAUUCUGUGGUGAUUUCCUCCGUGCAUCGCAGCACAGGGAUGAGCGUUAAAAUCCCCGCCGGGCUGACGGACUUGCUGCAAAGCUUCACCGUGGAGGUGCUGCGGAAGCAGCCGGACGACCUGGUCGGCUUCGCCGUACAAUAUUUCAGCAGGCUGCAGGCGAGCCGGGAGGUGUCCGUCGGCAGCGCCGCUGUGCGAGCCCCCAAGGCGGUUAACUUCGCCGAUGAACCCAUGCAAACCGACUCUGAGAACGGCGACGAGGAUGAAGAUGACAUAGAAGAGUUGGAAGCUCCAGUCAAAAACAGAUUAACUCGAAGACCCUCUGUCUGUGCGGAACCUUUCAAUCCUGAUGAGGAAGAGGAGGAUGCAGAACCGCGGGUUAUUCAUCCAAAAACUGAUGAGCAAAGGAGAAGAUUGCAAGAUGCAUGUAAAGACAUUCUCCUUUUUAAGAACUUGGACCAGGAACAAAUGUUUCAGCUAUUGGAUGCCAUGUUUGAAAGAUCUGUUGAAGUGGGUGAACACGUGAUUGAUCAAGGAGAUGAUGGUGAUAACUUCUAUGUAAUUGAAAGGGGAAAGUAUGAUAUAUUUGUAAAUGUGAAUGACAUACAAAAGUGUGUUGGGACCUAUGAUAACCAUGGUAGCUUCGGUGAGCUGGCAUUAAUGUAUAAUACGCCCAGAGCAGCAACCAUUAUUGCUACCUCCAGUGGAGCACUGUGGGGUUUGGACAGGACAACAUUUCGUAGAAUUAUUGUAAAGAACAAUGCCAAAAAACGGAGAUUAUAUGAAGAAUUUGUCAAGUCAUUGCCGCUUUUAACGUCACUAGAAUUAGGGGAAAGAAUGAAAGUAGUUGAUGUAUUUGGAACCAAAACGUACAACGAUGGAGAACGCAUAAUUGCUCAGGGAGACAAAGCUGAUAGUUUUUAUAUUGUAGAGUCUGGAGAGGUCCGGAUAACUAUGAAGCACAAGGCUAAACCUGAUGCAGAUGAUGGAGUGGAAAUAGCUCGUUGUUCAAGGGGACAGUAUUUUGGAGAACUUGCUUUGGUAGCAAAUAAACCUCGUGCAGCUUCUGCUUUUGCUGCAGGAAGCGUGAAAUGCCUAGUUAUGGAUGUGCAAGCAUUUGAGAGACUGCUUGGUCCUUGUAUGGACAUUAUGAAAAGAAAUAUUGCAAAUUAUGAGGAACAACUAGUGAACCUUUUUGGAACAAAUAUGGAUCUUGCUGAUCGAAGUGUAUGAAGAAAAAACAUCAAGCAAGUCUCAAUACAUCACUGUGGAAACUGAUUUUACCACUGAAAAGUGCAUUUGACUUGUGGAGAAGCAAACAAUUUGAAUUGUAUGGAACUAAACAAUUUUUAUAAUGAUUCUAUUUACUUCAAACCAAAAAAUAGAAAUUAUUCCUUUGCAGUUUAGGAAUAACCCAGAGUAAUAGUCUGUACUGCUUUUUUCACUCUCCAGAGUAAACAGAUGAUUAAAUAAUGGAAACAUUCUUAAAUAUGUUAGUCAUAUUUGAAGUGGUUUAUUCAAUCAAAUAUUUGUUCAGCAUUGUGUCUGUAGUGAUCAACAAAGAACACAAACAUUGGAUUUUAAAGAUGUUUUAGUAUAAUUUAAGUUGUCAGGUAAGAAUUUACAAUUAUGCCCUCAUUACAUUGAAAUAAACCAUUGAAUAUACAGAACAUGUAUAUAGGAGGAUUAAUAGAAUUGCAUUUAUAUGCAGUUUUGCAUCUUGUAAGUUUAAUUUUCAUUCAAAAGUGUGAUCUUUGGUGAACAUGAUUUAUUUUGGCUAUUUCAUUCUGGUGAUGAAUUAUAAUAGAAUGAACAUUUGGUAAAUCAAAAAUAUUGGAACUUGUUCAAAGAAAAAUAUGUAUGGUGAGGUGAAAGUUGGAAAAAAAACAAUGUAUUUAUUUCUAAACUUAUUUUUACAGGAAAGUCUGUUGCAUAAUGUAGUUUUUCCCUGCAAUUUUAAAUCUCCCACUAUUGUACAUAGGACUUUUUGGAACAAUGGAACAAUAGAACCACAGAGUCAUGAUGUGUUUUUAUGGUAGAGAUUGGAAUGAGGUGAGAGAAGCAAUUCCAAUAUUCUGUGGAAUAUGCAGGUAAUCACCAUUCUAGUGCUUCUAAUGGCUGCCUUCAGAACUGUAACCCAUUUAGACUUUGGCUUUUGAGUUUGAGUGCCGGGUAUUGUCACUGCAUUGAGGGGGGGAAGAGGAUUUGGCAGGGGUGGGCGUACUCAAGUAAGAGGAUGAUUCUGAUGUCGAUUUUCCCAUCAUGCAAUGCACAUUGUCCCAUUUAUAGGAAACCAGAGUAGAAACCCAUUUCAGUCCAACUACUUGUCUCACUCUAAUUCACAAUUCUUAUUUUAAUACGGAUGUUAUAUUGAAUGUAAGUGAGGAUUUUGAGAGUUUAAAAAAUAUAUAAUUGCAGUCUGGACAUGCAUCCAGAAUGUUUUGUCAAACUUAAAUGAUCACAACUGUACAUUAAGUAGUAGCCAGAUACUAAAGACUGUUGCUUGAUCAAAUGAUUAUCCCAAGUAAACAAUAUUCAUACCACGUUGCCCUGUAAUGGGAUUAUAUUCCUUUUUUUAACCUUGAAUUAUUACUAUGUUUUCUUAAGUAUAUCUAGGCAUUUUUAGAAGAUGUAUAUGCACCUAAUAAAAUAUGAAUUU